AUGAUACCACCGCUUUCCGUCAACCUUGCCCUUGGCAUGGGUAUAGCCCUCUUCCUGAGCUACUGCGUCUAUUUUGAUCGGAAGCGUAUAUCGGCUCCCGACUACAAGAAGCGAGUACAUGAACGCCGCCGCCGGAAUCGCAUGAAGAACGCCACGAUAGUGCCGUGCGUCAACAACCAGGCCUCCCUCGAGGAAUAUUUUCUCAGCCAGAUGAAGGCGGGCGAGGAUAUGAUUAAGCAGAGCCGGGUGGAGGAGGGGCUGACCCACUUCACCAACGCCAUCGUCCUUUGCGCCCAUCCCGCUGAGGUGAUCAAAUUUCUUAAGAGUUCCUUACCGAGGCACGUCCACAAAAUGCUUGUCCGAAAGCUGAAGAGCAUCAGGGCCCUUCCCAGCACAGAGCCCGAGGACAAUUCCGACGAUGACAAGCCCCUCAAGGGCUAA